CCCCGCCGCUGAGCCCGGCGGAGCCGGCAGCGGGGCGGGGUUCUGGCGGGAGGCGCGGUGGCGGCGCCGGCCCCCGGCCCUGACUCCGGCGGCGGCGGGCAGGAACGGGCGCUGCCGCCCUGUAAGGCUGCUCGGCUGCGCCGAGGCUCCGCGCUGGCCGCGCCCUCAGCCCCGCUGCGGGGGCAGCCGGGCGGGCCGGGGAGAGGGAGCAGCGCACACCGAACUUGGGAGGCGGCUGCGGGGAGCGGAACCCUGUCCCGGCCACCGCGGGAGGCCAGAGGGAGGCGGGGGCCCAGCGAGGAAGGUGAGGAUAAAUGGGUGUGUAUGACUUUUCCCCUGAUCUAAAGUGGUUCCAUGUCUUGUUUGGACUGCUCCUGUAUUCUGCGUACGCCAGUUGAAUCAAUCAGACCAGAAGAGCUAUCACAGAGCAGCAUCCAUGAAUGCCUGGCUGAUUCUGAUCUAGCCUGGAUUCCCCCAUCUACAGGAAAGAAUGAAAUGGUAUUUUGCUCUUCUAAUGUCUCUCAUUAUGAACUCCAGCUGGAAAUAGGAAGGAGGUUCAACAAUUUAACUUCAGUCUACCUUGCACGGCAUACACCUACAGACAGGCAAGUUGCUGUAAGGAUCACAGACCUUGAAAAUUGCUCUGAAGAGCACUUGAAAGCCUUACAGAAUGAGGUGGUUUUAUCACACUUUUUCCAGCAUCCCAACAUAAUGACAUUUUGGACAGUGUUUACAGCUGGAAGCUGGCUUUGGGUCAUCUCCCCAUUCAUGGCCUAUGGUUCAGCUAGACACCUGCUGAAGACUUACUUUCCUGAAGGAAUGAGUGAAGCUUUGAUAGGAAACAUUCUGUUUGGUGCAAUCAGAGGAUUAAAUUACAUGCACAAGAAUGGAUAUAUUCACAGGAAUAUUAAAGCAAGCCACAUUCUGAUUUCAGAGGAUGGGCUAGUUUCUCUCUCUGGCUUAAACAACCUCUACAGUUUAGUUAGCAAUGGACAGAAGUCAAAAGUGGUGUAUGAUUUCCCCCAGUUUAGUACAUCUGUGCUUCCUUGGCUGAGUCCUGAACUACUGAGACAGGAUUUGUCUGGCUAUAACAUGAAGUCUGACAUUUACAGUGUGGGAAUUACAGCAUGUGAAUUAGCCAAUGGACACGUUCCAUUUCAAGAUAUGCCUCGCACUCAGAUGCUGCUGCAAAAGCUGAAAGGUCCCACCUACUGUCCUUGGGAUAUACAUACCUUUCCCCGGGGGGAAUCGAGGAUGAAGAAUUCCCGAUCAGGAGUUGAUUCCGGAAUUGGUGAGAGCAUGACACGCACAAUGACCAGUGAAAGACUUCAAAUGCCCUUUUCCAAAACAUUUUCACCUGCUUUCCACAACUUGGUAGAACUUUGCUUACAACAGGACCCUGAGAAAAGGCCAUCAGCAAGCAGUUUGCUUUCGCAUACGUUCUUCAAACAGAUAAAGGAACAAACACAGAAUUCACUACUGUCCCUAUUACCACCUCCUAUUCAAAAUAACAGAUCAGAGUUCUUGGCACUGCCCUCAACAGUAGUUGGGACUGAACUUGGACGUAUUGCUACAAAUCAAGAUGAUACAGACUGGGAAUUCUAAAUAAAUACCAGUUAUACCUCUCCAGUGUUUCAGAGAAGGAAAAUGUGAUUUGUAUUUGCUGCUUUUGUAUGACUAAAAUACAAUUAGACCAAGUAUACUUGAAAUGCCAUGAAGUGGCUAUAAUUCAUUAACUUCCUCUUGGCAUCACAAAAUGCAAUGUGCCUCACUCUCUGACUGUAAGGAAAACUGUGUGUAAAGAAUGGCUGAGUCUCACCUCUCUCUUUCAAAGUCUUCCUUAACAAGAGAGUCCUUGCUGUAAUCUUACUCUGUACUGUAUUAUCAGCUCAUAGUGCUGCAGUCCACAUGCCUUUCUGAACUGAGGCCUGGGGUUUAGCUGUGAUCUUACCUAAACAUCUAUUUGUCUUUUCAUUAUGACCCAAAUCAUUUUAGUAAGGAGAAGUCCUCCAUUUCCAAGUUGAAAUGUGAAACUGCACAGAUUACUUGCUUAUGUAAAUAAAUGUUUCUCUCUGAAAAGACGUUUUUCUCACUUAACAUGCUGUCAUACUUGCCAAAAGUUAGGUAUGCAUCAUUUUUCAUGCAGUUUUAAUACUGUGUGUUUCCCAAAGAAGUUAAGCUGCUAAGUGGGACUCCUGCUCUUGAAUCUGUUCAUAGUCUUAGUACAAAUCUGGGCUUUUGCACCUCUGUUUAUUGUUGUAUCAUUUUAGCAGUUAAUCUGAGGAUGUCUCGCUAUGCAAAGUCUCAAGUUCUAGCAGGUACGGGUUAAUUUUGAAGAGUCAAAUAAUCUAAAGUUACUGUACAUAUUUUUAUUUAUACUGUAUUCCUUUUCACCACCAGAAUUUACCAGAACCUAAUACUGUUUUCUUAGAAGAAAGGCAACAUGCAUUAAGCUUCACUGGCACUGCUGCUGGCAAACAAGCCUCUUCUGCAAGGCACAGUUAAAUUCCUGUGGAUCAAUUCAGCCAUACUAAGAACCUAAUACUCCCCUAGGAUCCUAGUGAAUUUACCUAUUCUAAGUCAGAUGAAAAGCUGUCUUCUCCCUGCAAUUCAGUAAUUUCUCACCUCUCAUACUGUACCAGGCAACUCAAACUGAACAAACCCAGCUUUUUUUCUUUUAAAAACCUGGAUAUUCUCAUCAUGCUGUAGCAAAAGUUGGGUCCCAAAGCCACUAGUACUUUGCGGAUGGAAGCAUGAUGGUGGUAAAAAAGUAUUAAUAGACAUUGGAUGGAUAUAUUUUAAAUUUUCAACAUAAAGAACAUUCCACAUAAGUCUUCAAGUCUUCCAUAGCUGAGCAGGCCUGUAGCCAACUCUAAGAACACUGCUGCAUUGCCAGCAGCUUUGCUACAAGGCCUUGAAGACCAAAUGACUCAAAUACAAGCCUGAGAGACACAUAAAAUUCUAAAUGACCACAUAAAAGAAUCAGCAAAAAAGUUGAUUCUACUCAUUAUGCUGUGAAGAGAGCUCUAUAUUCCUAAACUUAUCAUGUAAACUUGAGAUUAAAGACCUAUCAAUAAACUUAUCUGCCUCCAUUUAUAUCUGUAAUUCUUGGAUUUCUGUUUUCACCAUAGUCCAGACAUUCUAUCAGCUUCUUGUUACUACAGGGAAAAAAACCCCCAUCAUAUUUAUGUCAAUCAUUAGGUAAGGAAAUAGUUGUCAAAAGUAGAAAAUUAUUCUGAUUUAAAAAUAUUAAUAACUUAAUUGUGUACUCUUGGAGAAGAUACUAUUUUCAUGUGAACCCCAUGUUCUUAGCCAUUGUAGAUUUGGACUGUUUGCAAGUCAAAUAUGUUAGAUAGCAUCUACAAGUAACUUUUGACUAACAUAGUAUACAUAAAAACCAAGUCAAAUAAGUGAGAACACACAUGAAGUUCUACAUAUUUUAAUUUUAAUCUCUGAAUAAAUAUUACUACUAUUAAAACCUGUACAAAGUUUCAGGUAGCUUAACUGCUAGUAUUUUCAAGCUUUUCUUGCAACAAGUGCCAUGGGCUCUAUAAAAAUGAACUUGGAUACUAAUAACAAUGGCAGUACAAAGUUAUUCAAACCACUACAUGUUCCAGUGGAGUUACUUUGCUGCCCUCUCUGUGGAAAAAAAAAAUUAAAAACAUUUCUAAACACUGUUCCAAUUUCUGUACUGACAUUAAGAAGAAAAUCAAAUCAAUUUUUUUUAAAGUUAAAAGCACACAAGUCUUUACUCUUAGAACUACUGCCUCUCAAAAACUGUCUCUUCAAACAAAAGCAAUUAAGAUGCACUGUGACUUCUUAAAAUAACCAGAAAUACUUGAAUACUCCCUGGAUUAUAUUUACUGAAAGGUUUGAUAUAAUUUUGCUCAUUAACUGAGAUGCUUUCUAUUAAGGAAUAAUGCCAAAUAAAUAUUAGUUAGGAAAGCAGAUGUAUAAUCAUAUUUUUAAGGUUUCAACUACCUGCCACUGAAAAGAUGAUCUGGGAAACAAUUGUUCUGAAAAUCUGAAGUUUUUGCAUACAGUUAAGUUUUCAAAAUCUGAGGUUGAUGAUCUGCAUUGUUAAGAUUCAAGUUGCAGAGACUUUAUAUUCCAAGCUGACAAUUUUAAGCACAAUAGUUUUUUGUUGGGUUGUGGAUUUUUUCAGAACACUUGUUUGCUCUUGCUCAUAUCACUGAUGCAUGCUAUCAGCAUGUGAAUUAGAAUUAAACUUGGACUUGAAAUUUCCAAGUAUUUUGCAUUUAAGGCUCCAUGUGAUGUAUUUUCAAAGGGGCUUAUAAAACCUCUACAUUUGCAAAAUCUCAUGGCCAAUUAAACCAAAAUUUAUCUAAUCUGGUUACUUUUGAAAUACUUGUGAAAACAAUACGAGUGUUUUUUUGCAGCCACCUUUCAUUAUGCUAACAUUUAGCACUAUGUAAAAUAAAUACCUGUAUAAUAGAAAACUUCUGUUAAUUAACAUUA